AGCUUCAGUUGUAACGAAUUCCUGGAUAAACACCAGCCCAUGACAGGGACGGUUACAGGCAGAGAAGAAAAUAAUAAAGAAAAGGUAGAUUGACCGUGAAUCCCAUAAAAGAACAAACACACAACACAGAGAGAGAGAGAGAGAGAGAGAGAGGAGGUAAUUGGUCUUUCAGCACUAUAAUUUAAAGACACAUAUGAGGUGGUGUAGCAGCAGCAGCAGAAGCAGAGAGACGGUGGUGGGUCAGAAACAAACGUCGUGUUCAGGCGGAAUCCAUGUGCACACAUGGACUUGAUAGCAAAUCCUACACAGCAAAGACCAAAUAGGAUAUAGAUAUAGCCUACCAGAAACUGAAAAACACCAACUAUACUCUGUUUAAUGUGAAGUAGUAGUAGUAGUGAAAUCAGAUACUCACCAACACCAAAAAGGAAGUACCUUUCUGUUGUUUUGUAUUGUUUUUAUCGGGAGAGAGGAUUGAGAGAGAUGAAGGAGAAGAGUGAGGGAGGUGGGUAUUUGAGGGCAGAUCAAAUAGAUCUGAAGAGCUUAGAUGAGCAGCUGCAGAGGCAUCUUACCAGGGCAUGGACCAUGGAGAAGAACAAGGACAAGGGAGAAGGAGAAGCAGAACAGCGACCCACAAAUACUGCCACUAGGCAAGAGUGGGAGAUUGACCCCUCUAAGCUCGUUAUCAAAGCUGUCAUUGCUCAUGGCACUUUUGGCACCGUUCACCGUGGCGUUUAUGAUGGCCAAGACGUUGCCGUUAAACUUCUGGAUUGGGGUGAAGAAGGCCACAGGUCAGAGGCUGAAAUAUCUUCACUUAGAGCAGCUUUUACUCAAGAAGUUGCUGUCUGGCACAAACUUGAUCAUCCUAAUGUAACUAAGUUUAUUGGGGCGACCGUGGGCUCAUCAGAUCUAAACAUACAAACAGAAAAUGGUCAUGUUUGCAUGCCGAGUAACAUGUGCUGUGUUGUUGUUGAAUACUGCCCGGGAGGUGCUCUCAAAUCCUAUCUUAUAAAGAACAGGAGAAAGAAGCUGGCUUUUAAAGUAGUUGUUCAACUGGCAGUAGAUCUGGCACGGGGGUUGAGCUAUCUCCAUUCCCAGAAGAUUGUCCACAGAGAUGUUAAAACAGAAAACAUGCUUCUGGACAAGCAACGUACGCUAAAAAUAGCUGACUUUGGUGUUGCUCGGAUCGAAGCUUCUAAUCCUCAUGACAUGACAGGAGAGACAGGAACGCUUGGAUAUAUGGCACCCGAGGUUCUCAAUGGAAACCCAUAUAAUAGAAAGUGUGAUGUGUACAGUUUUGGUAUUUGCUUGUGGGAGAUAUACUGCUGUGACAUGCCGUAUCCUGAUCUUAGCUUCUCGGAAGUGACGUCAGCUGUCGUCCGCCAGAAUCUAAGGCCAGAAAUACCUCGUUGUUGCCCAAGCUCUCUUGCAAAUGUGAUGAAAAGAUGCUGGGAUGCUAGCCCAGACAAACGGCCAGAAAUGGACGAGGUGGUAUCCCUAUUGGAGGCCAUUGAUACAUCCAAGGGCGGAGGUAUGAUACCUGGUGACCAGCCCCAAGGUUGUUUCUGUUUUCGCAGGCACAGAGGGCCUUGAAAGAAUCUCGAUGAAGAUGCCUCUCGGAUAGAAGACAAUGAGUUGUCAAAAAAUCCAUUUUGUAUUUAAUUCAUUGAAAAGAUUGGGAUUUUAGAGCUGAGGCAAUCAAAACUGGAGGCUACAUGCCAAGAGAAAACCUUGCAGAACCUUAUUUUCGAUAUAGGUCAUGCAUUGUGUAAAACAUUCUCUUGUUUUCUAGUCCUCGCUUUGUUUUGAAAAGAAUUAUGCAUCUGGGCAGUCAUAUCGCGG